GCUGCUGCUGCCGCUGCUGCUGCUAAACUCAGCUGCUGCCUCUGUCUUGAGGACCCCAGCGCCUCUCCCCCCAGCCAUGCUGCCUGCUGCCACAGCCUCCCUCUUGGGGCCCCUCCUCAUUGCCUGGGCCCUGCUGCCUUUCACCCAGGGCCAGACCCCCAACUAUACCAGACCUGUGUUCCUGUGCGGAGGGGAUGUGACUGGGGAGUCGGGUUACGUGGCAAGUGAGAGUUUCCCCAACCUCUACCCGCCCAAUAAGGAGUGCAUCUGGACAAUAACGGUUCCUGAAGGCCAGACUGUGUCCCUCUCCUUCCGAGUUUUCGACCUGGAGCUACACCCAGCCUGCCGUUAUGAUGCUCUGGAGGUCUUUGCCGGGUCUGGAACUUCGGGCCAGCGUCUCGGACGCUUCUGCGGGACUUUCAGGCCGGCGCCCAUAGUCGCCCCAGGCAACCAGGUGACCCUGAAGAUGACAGCGGACGAGGGUACUGGAGGACGAGGCUUCCUGCUCUGGUACAGUGGGCGGGCCACCUCAAGCACUGAACAUCAAUUUUGCGGGGGGCGGCUGGAGAAGGCCCAGGGAACACUGACCACACCCAACUGGCCGGAAUCUGAUUAUCCCCCGGGCAUCAGCUGUUCCUGGCAUAUCAUCGCACCCCCAAACCAGGUAAUCUCGCUGACCUUCGGGAAGUUUGACGUGGAACCGGAUACCUACUGCCGCUAUGACUCCGUCAGUGUGUUCAACGGAGCCGUGAGCGACGAUGCUAAGAGGCUAGGGAAGUUCUGCGGAGACACAGCCCCGGGUCCCAUCUCCUCCGAAGGGAAUGAGCUCCUCGUCCAAUUCGUCUCGGACCUCAGCGUCACUGCCGAUGGCUUCUCAGCCUCAUACAGGACCCUGCCAAGGGGAGCCGCACCCAAAGUCAAGCCUGAACCCCCACCUGCAGAAAAACCAAAAGCCUCUCCUGAGACCAAGGCAACUCCCGUGGGCCCUGAUGCACCCAGUGUCACCUGCCCAAAGCAGUGCCGGCGGACAGGCACCUUGCAGAGCAACUUCUGUACCAGCAACCUGGUGGUGACCGCAACAGUGAAAUCCAUUGUUCGGGGCCCAGGGGAGGGCCUGACUGUCACCGUCAGUCUCAUUGGUGCUUACAAAAAUGGAGGCCUGGAUCUGCCCUCUGCACCCACUGACACCUCCUUGAAGUUUUAUGUGCCCUGCAAGCAGUGCCCCCCCAUGAAGAAAGGAGCCAGUUAUCUGCUGAUGGGCCAGGUGGAAGAGAACAGAGGGCCCAUCCUUCCUCCAGAUAGCUUCGUGGUUCUUUACCGGCCCAACCAGGACCAGAUCCUCACCAACCUAAGCAAGAGGAGGUGCCCCUCCCAGCCCAUUCGGGCUGCUAGGUCCCAGGCCUGAAACCCAAGCCAGCCUUGAGCCUUGGCCCUAGGGACCCAUUUUUUAUCCAAAUAAAUAUUCCUUGUCUGA